UGAACGUAGCCAAUCGUGGGGCGCUAGUGUGUUUACCAACGAUUGUAGUUGAUCGUAACCUAACCUAACCUAUACGCACAUUUGUUGACUAUAUAUAAACCGGUAUAGACCUCGCUGGGAUCAUUUAGUUUAUUUAAAAACUUUCUUAAAUUUAGAUUGGAUAAAAUAAUUAUAAUAUCAUUUCAAUUAAUAUACAAACAUCAUGUUUUAUCACAUCUCGUUGGAGCACGAGAUUUUGUUACAUCCCCGCUACUUCGGUCCCCAAUUACUCGACACUGUAAAGCAGAAGCUCUAUACGGAAGUGGAAGGCACCUGUACAGGAAAAUAUGGCUUCGUCGUCGCGGUCACGACAAUAGACAACAUAGGAGCCGGUAUUAUACAACCGGGACAGGGUUUUGUAGUAUAUCCCGUCAAGUAUAAAGCGAUUGUGUUCAGGCCAUUCAAGGGUGAAGUGCUGGAUGCGAUCGUGACUCAAGUGAAUAAGGUUGGCAUGUUCGCUGAAAUAGGUCCGCUUUCGUGCUUUAUAUCCCAUCACUCAAUCCCAGAGGACAUGCAGUUCUGCCCGAAUGUGAACCCAGCCUGUUACAAAUCCAAGGAAGAAGAUGUAGUUAUUCAAGCGGAUGACGAGAUUAGAUUGAAAAUCGUGGGCACGAGAGUCGAUGCUACGGGAAUUUUUGCUAUUGGCACGUUAAUGGAUGAUUACUUAGGUCUUGUGUGCAACUAGCGUGUCUGCAGUCUGUUUGCCCGGCAAACUUCUAUUAGUUUAUCUAAACACAGUUUUUACAUUCCGGAAACAAUUCACGUGUCUUAAAAUACUUCCUACUUUUUUAUACAAGGAGCGGAGAAUUAAUCUUAUGUAAAGAUUGUAUAAAGAUAUUUUGUGUAUAUAAAGAUUAUAUCUUGGGCUGCGGGGAGACGCUAUUAGAGCUGAAAACGUCAGUCUAUCUUCGUCACUGUCGAACAAAGAUAGAAAACGCUUUUAGCGCUGAAAGCGCGCUCCCCGAACGCACCUUUCAUGUAAGAUAUUGAUGAUGUGGUCAAUCCGACAAACAGAUAUGAAAAUACAAUGAUAUAAAAGUCAUAUUUGGAUA